AUGGAUUCUUGGAGCUUUAAUUCUGUGGUUAAGGCUUUCGUAGAUGAUGAAUCUCUUUCAACUGCUGAUGCAUUUGAGAAAGAUGAAACUGGAUCAAUCGGAUGGGAUGUUAAACCCCCAUUUAUCUAUGGGAACAACACCAUGUUGUUCCCAAACGAAAUUAACAUUAAGAAUCAACUGUUUGGGGACAUCGGUUUUCCUCCAUUGAUGAGGAAUUCGUUGUUCAAUCCAGCUAUGGCUACCUCUCAGAAUGCAUUUUCUGAGGGUAACGUGUCUAGUUCCAAGCUUCAAUCUAACUCUAGAGAGUUUGAACUUUUUGAUCUUAAGUUAGGUAGGCUUCCUGAUCAAAGAGAGGCUCAGAUGGUUUCCCACAAUUUGAGUACAUCAGAAGUUUCUACGCCAUCAAAGCGACCACGAGAUAUGGGUUUCAGUUCUUCUACAUCAUUUUGCAAAGUUCAUGGUUGCAAUAAAAACCUCAGCAAUUGUAAAGAAUACCACAAAAGGCAUAAAGUUUGUGAGGUUCACUCAAAGACUUCUAAAGUCAUUGUGAAUGGCAUUGAACAAAGAUUUUGUCAGCAAUGCAGCAGGUUCCAUGUGCUGUGCGAAUUUGAUGAUGGCAAGAGGAGCUGUUGCAAACGUCUUGCUGGCCACAAUGAGCGUCGAAGGAAACCACACACAGGUGUCCUCUCUGAACAACAUGGGAGAUUGUUUCCUUCGUAUAACAUCAAAUUUGAAGGUAAUCCUGCUACUUUAUUUCAGAUUAGAUGA